GCUUUCUAAUCGGAACAUUUUGUGGACAAGACACAUUUCUGGUGGGAACCUUUUUUGGGAACACUGGAGUGGCGCUUUCGGACGCAGUCUCCCUUGAAACAUGCCGAAGUUUUACUGUGAUUACUGCGACACCUACCUGACACACGAUUCGCCGUCGGUGAGGAAAACCCACUGCAGCGGGAGAAAACACAAAGAAAAUGUCAAGGACUACUACCAGAAAUGGAUGGAGGAGCAGGCCCAGAGCUUGAUCGAUAAAACCACUGCUGCUUUUCAGCAAGGAAAAAUCCCCCCCACACCAUUCGCAGGUGCCCCCCCUCCUGGGGGUCCUCCACGUCCAGGCAUGCUGCCCACGCCGCCCAUGGCCGGUCCUCCCAUGAUGCCCAUGAUGGGGCCUCCGCCUCAUGGAAUGAUGCCUGGCGGACCCGGAAUGCGGCCACCGAUGGGCGCGCCCAUGCAGAUGAUGCCGGGACCGCCUCACAUGAUGCGUCACCCUCGACCCAUGAUGAUGCCAGUCAGGCCGGGCAUGAUGAGACCGGACAGAUAAGACGAGCGUCACGGAUAUUUACUGCUGUCGUUAAGCAUUGUUGCCACAAGGAGGCGCUGCAGAGUGACGACACCACGCCUUCUGUCUGGAUUCAAAGUUUCAACCCUUCGCAUCUUUUCUGUGAUGUAUUUAUUCCUAUGUAAUACCAGACACUCAACUUGAAUAGAUGUCUUGUGCUGGUGGUCUCCUCACUCUGCAGACACACCUAUUAGAACAUGGAAUUUUUAUUUUCAACAUUUUUAUUGCAAUAAUUUUGCUUUUUCAUAUUUCACUGCUUUGAGGAAUAAAGCAGUCAUUUAAAACCCA